UAGGAACCCGAAGCUGGGAGGAAUAGCCUGCUUUCGGACUGGAGCUUUUCUCUCGAGGUUGUGGAAGUUUCCUGACGUUUCUUCAUCGCGAUCGUGUUUCCGCGAUCCACGAUGGACGCACGGGCGCUUCACCAAUGAUCAAGAUCCGCGCCGUUACACCGGACCCGAACGGAACGGACUCAGCUGUCUGAACUUGAUCGCUUGUUUUGCUUCAGAAAACAAUCCGAUCUAAUAAGAAAUAUAAUAUAAACACAAAUCUGUUCACCCUGCGCACUGCGAUCUGGACUUUAAUCAAAAGUCGACUGACUUUUGAAGAAAGAAGACACUGAUCGAAAAGAAAGGGGUUUGUUUUAACUACAAAAAAGGACCGAUUACAACAUUUUCGCGUUGUUGUUUUUCUAUUCUGUAUGAAAAGUCAAGUGAAAGGAGUUGGACAAGAGCAUGCCGCGGAGAAAGCAGCAAGCACCCAGGCGAUCUUCAGCCUAUGUGCCUGAGGACGAGCUGAAGGCAGCCAAGAUCGAUGAGGAGCACCUGCAGGAUGAUGGCCUUUCCUUAGAUGGCCAGGACACGGAGUACCUGUGUAACGAGGAGGAGGAGCAACGCGAGCAGCUGAGCUAUCAGAACUCCCCUCUCAGCAAUGGCACCAAUCCAGACGCUGGCUACGGCUCGCCCCUCAGCGACACCAGCGAUCACCUGGCCGACUUCAAAAGCACCUCGUCCAAAGAGGGCCAAGAGAAGGACGAGGCCGAGGACAUAGACACGGACAACGGUCUUUCCGUCCAGGACAGCCUGGCGAAGAUGAAAGCCGCCUAUGCAAAUUUAAUCUCAGAUGCGUCCUGGUCUAGCAUCGCGAGGGACAUUAUGAAAAGCAAACAGGUUAGCGGCAACAGCAACAGUACUGCGAGUAACCACAGGGGGAGCAAUAGUGCUAUGAAUAGUCAUGCAAACAACACGAACGGCAGUGCAGGCACCAGGAUUAGCACGGUGACUGUUAGUGCAACAACCAGCACCACCUCAAGCACUGCGUUUUCUAAUGCCACCACUUUGACCACUAAUAGCAAUGGGAAUGUUAGCGGUCCCAGUAGUGGAAGUGUAACGUAUGAUUGGCACCAGGCUGCUCUUGCUAAAACUUUACAACACACACCGUACCAUCUGCUUCCAGAACCGAGUCUGUUCAGCACUGUCCAGCUGUAUCGGCAGAACAAUAAGCUGUAUGGGCCAGUCUUUACAGGUGCCAGUAAAUUUAGAUGCAAGGACUGCAGUGCAGCGUAUGACACACUUGUCGGUCUGACAGUCCACAUGAACGAAACAGGCCACUACCGUGAUGACAAUAAAGACCAAGAGGAUGACAUGGGAAAGAAGUGGUCCAAACCUCGGAAACGGUCCCUAAUGGAGAUGGAGGGCAAGGAGGAUGCCCAGAAAGUCCUGAAAUGCAUGUAUUGUGGACACUCGUUUGAAUCCCUGCAAGACCUGAGUGUCCACAUGAUCAAAACAAAACACUACCAGAAAGUGCCUCUCAAAGAACCAAUGCCAGCGCUUGCCUCAAAGCUGGUUCCCUCUACCAAAAAGCGAGCAUUUCAUGAACUGGUGUCUCCAUGCUCACCCGAGUCUAUCACUAGCAGAACUGGUGUUCCACUGACAGAAUCCACACCCACCAAAGACCCAAAGAUUGCUAACCCCUACGUAACCGCUAACAAUCGCUAUGGCUACCAGAAUGGCGCAAGUUACACCUGGCAGUUCGAGGCCCGAAAAGCCCAGAUUCUCAAGUGCAUGGAGUGCGGGAGCUCCCAUGACACUUUACAGCAGCUAACGGCUCAUAUGAUGGUCACAGGACAUUUUCUUAAAGUCACCAACUCUGCCUCGAAGAAGGGAAAACAGUUGGUCUUUGACCCAGUGGUGGAGGAAAAAUUCCAAUCCAUUCCUCUUCCCCCCACCACUACACGCCUACCAGUUCCAACAAUGAAGCCUCAACCAGACUCUCCAUUACACUCCUCUGUAGCUGAAGAUAAGAAGGAGUCACUGGAGGAAAAGAAAGAAGUCCUUGAACUGGACAAGAAGAUUAAAGAGGAAAAAGAGGAUCCUUCAGAAAAAAAUGAGAACCCUGAGAAACCUGGCCAGUAUAAGUAUCUCAGAGAAGAAGAUUUGGAGGAGACGCCCAAAGGGGGUCUCGAUAUCCUCAAGUCACUUGAAAAUACUGUAUCUAGUGCAAUCAGCAAGGCGCAGACAGGUACCCCCACAUGGGGUGGUUAUCCAAGCAUCCAUGCUGCCUACCAGCUCCAAGGGACAAUGAAAUCCCUCUCUGCUGUCCAGAGUGUUAAAAUGCAACCUACCUUUAGUGCCAGCAACUUGAAGUCUCUGUCAAGUGAAACCAGUGCUCUCAUCCAUUCCCCGAGCAGCCCAUCCCCACCUCCAAACCAUAAGAACAAUGUCUUAGCCAUGGAGGAGCUGGUGGAGAAAGUGACUGGAAAAAUUGUCACAAAAAAAGAGAAGGAGGAAAAGGUUAUUGACCGUAUCCCAAAACAUGUCUCUACCAAGUCACCUUCACCUGUACCCAAGGAAAAAAAAGACUUGCCUCAGCCAACAGACCUUAGCAGGCCUAUUAAGAAUGGCACCACAGAGGAGACCGAGUCAGUUAAUAAAGGCGGUGGACAGAAUGACAGUCGUGCUAAUACACCUGACAGAAACGGCAUAAAUGUCCCAAAACCACAGGUCAGCAAUGGCUGCAGCAGUUUUGGAAUCAUCACUGACCACUCACCAGAACAGCCUUUAGUUAACCAUCUCAGUGCACUGCAAUCGAUCAUGAACACUCACCUGGGCAAGGCCUCCAAAACUGUCAGCCCUUUGCUAGAUCCAUUGGCAAUGCUGUACAAAAUCAGCAACAACAUGAUGGAGAAACCCAUUUACAAUGCCACUCAGGUUAAGCAAGUUGAGCCCAUCAAUAGAUGCUAUGACAGCGAUGACCAGCCGAUGGACUUGACAAAAUCAAAAAGCAGCAACGGCCGUCUAAACAACUGCUCCUCUACUGUCAUGAGUAACAGUAGCAACAGCGUUAUCGCCAACAGUACCCGACCCAUUUUGUCUAACUUAUCGGAAUCUCUGUCUUCUCCUUUGCGAGAGAAUGCCCUGAUGGACAUCUCAGACAUGGUAAAGAACCUCACAGGCCGCCUGACACCAAAGUCGUCGACUCCUUCUUCUGUUUCUGAAAAGUCUGAGGCAGAUGGCAGUGCUUUUGAGGACACCCUCGAGGAUUUCUCCCAUGUCCAAAAGAGGAAAGGAAGGCAGUCUAACUGGAAUCCACAGCAUCUUUUGAUUCUGCAGGCUCAGUUUGCAUCCAGCCUUCGCGAGACUCCUGAAGGGAAGUUCAUCAUAACAGAUCUGGGACCUCAGGAGCGUGUACAUAUCUGUAAGUUCACAGGUCUCUCAAUGACCACCAUCUCUCACUGGCUGGCCAACGUGAAGUACCAGCUAAGGCGGACAGGAGGAACGAAGUUCCUGAAGAACAUUGACUCGGGCCAGCCUCUGUUCUUGUGCAGUGACUGCUCGUCGCAGUUCAGAACUCCCUCUAUGUACAUUUGCCACUUAGAAUCGCAUUUAGGGUUCAGUUUGAAGGACCUCUCAAAGUUAUCGAUAGACCUUAUGAGAGAGCAGCAAGCAGUCACGAAAAUGAUUACGGAUAAGACCUUCAGCUCACUCGGCUUGCAUGAGGAGGACUCUAAUUCCAUCUAUCAGUGCAAACUCUGCAAUAGGACUUUUGUCAGCAAGCAUGCGGUUAAGCUGCAUCUCAGCAAAACGCAUGGCAAGUCUCCCGAGGACCACUUAAUUUUCGUCUCCGAGCUAGAAAAGUUAGACAAGGUGUGAUGGAGCAGGUCAGCGGCAGUGAAGUGACUGACUCGAGAAUCAUUGCACUACAUUAAUGUACUGCACUGCAUCUGAACUGAGCCUUCGUCAAAAUCAGUUCAACUUUUUUGUGCAACUGCCUGACUGGACCAUCAUCUGUCUUUUCUUUUUUUCAUUUUCCACUCUGUUGAUUUCUAUCUUACUUUGUAUCGUAUUUAUAUGUGCUGAUUAUGUGCAUGUUCUUCUUUGUGAUUCCAGAUUUUAACAAACCUUCCACUGUUUCUACUUUGUGGAAUUGAGAAUGAGACCAGCAUGGUAUCCAUGAGCAUGGUCAAAACUAGGAUGUAACACGUGAAAACAAGAAGUAAAACAAGAGUAAAGUUUAAACGGUCAUCCUUAAUUCCUAAUACGACUGACCUGACUGAAAUGUGCAGGAGCAUUUUAAUGUUUUGAGCUCAGAUUCCUAAAAUUUGGCCUCGUACCAACAGUACUGCACCUGCAUCACAUACAUUGAUGAGUGAAAAUCAUUGCAUUGUUAAACCUCAAGCGAUAUUGCUGACUGACUGAUUCAAAUGAUACGUUUUGUGUGGAAUUUUAACAUAUUCAUUGGCAGUUGAUUUUAUUAAGUAUUAUUUUUUAACUGUAGCAAUUUGGAAACGUAUGCUUUGGUACCAACUUUUCUCUUUCUAUAGGUUUGCUUCGAUUUCAACUUGUAAAGACUUAAUCAAAUCCUUAUAUACAGUACACAUAUAUUUAAAUGAACUGCAACGACGUACAUGUACAUUUCUUCCGUCAUCAUAUCUUGCCAGUUGCAGCAGCUUUGUAUGGUGUGCAUUCUUUUAUAUUGUCAUUUUAUAUAUAGUAAAGGAAAAUGAAAUACUAUGUAAAUAGAUAUAUAUGCAGACGGUAUGUGAAGAGUAGCACCAACAUUCGCCAUUUCGGUCCUCCAGUGUGGUUAAUCUAAAUAAAAUGAUGGAAUGCAUCAGAAGAUGCAUGAUAUGCGUAAAUAAAAAGAGCAAUGCACAACAAAAAGUUUCAGUGCAUUUCAAUGUUUUUAAUCAUACCAUUGUGAAAUGUCCCAUCAACUCAAUCAUAGAGAUAUUGUUUUUGUCUUUCAAUUGUAAAAUAAA